CUCAAACAACCCUGCAAAACAUUUUGUAACAGAAAAACAUGUUCAUGGAGUCUAAGGAGUCGCUUGCUCAGCUGGGAUCCUAUCUUGGUGGCUUAAUGUUCCUUUGGGCAAUAUUUCAACAAUUUUUCCCUAAUCAGCUUCGAAAUUACCUUGAGAAAUACUCUCUAAGAUUUGCGAGUCAUCUUUACCCCUAUAUUCAAAUCAGGUUCAAUGAGCUCACUGGGGAACGUCUCAUGCGAAGUGAGGCUUACUCUGCCAUUGAAAACUACUUGAGCACGAAUUCCUCACUCCAUGCAAAGAGGCUCAAGGCUGACGUAGUCAAGAACAACAACCAGUCCCUUGUUCUAAGCAUGGAUGAUCAUGAAGAGGUGGUUGAUGAAUUCCAAGGAGCAAAGCUCUGGUGGGCUUCAGGUAAAAAUAAUUCCAAAACUCAGACAGUUUCUUUCUACCAAGUUUCUGAUGAGAGAAGAUACUACAUUCUCACUUUCCAUAAACGGCAUAGAGAACUCAUUGUUGGGCCUUACCUGAAUCAUGUUCUGAAAGAGGGUAAGGCCAUUAAAGUGAGGAACAGGCAAAGAAAGCUGUAUACCAACCAUGGUUCCUAUUGGAGCCAUGUUGUGUUUCAGCACCCUGCAACUUUUCAGACACUGGCUUUGGAAGAAGAGAAGAAGCAGGAUAUCAUUGAUGAUUUGAUUGCGUUCAGCCAAGCAGAGGACUUUUAUGCAAGAAUUGGGAGAGCUUGGAAAAGAGGUUAUUUGCUUUAUGGUCCUCCAGGAACUGGGAAGUCAACCAUGAUUUCUGCCAUGGCCAAUCUGUUAAACUAUGACAUCUAUGACCUUGAGUUGACUGCUGUCAGGGACAACACUGACCUGCGAAGGCUGCUGAUUGAGACAUCAAGCAAAUCCAUUAUUGUGAUUGAGGACAUUGAUUGUUCACUAGAGUUGACUGGACAGAGAAAAAAGAAGAAGAAUAAGGAGAAAAAGGAAGAGGAAGAUGGAAAAGAACAGAAAGAGAAAAAAGAGGAGAAAGAAGAUAAAAACAGCCAGGUGACUCUUUCUGGUCUUUUGAAUUUCAUUGAUGGGAUUUGGUCGGCUUGUGGGGGAGAGAGGCUCAUAGUUUUCACUACUAAUUAUGUGGAGAAACUUGACCCGGCUCUCAUUAGGAAGGGGAGAAUGGACAAGCAUAUUGAAUUGUCUUACUGUGGUUUUGAAGCUUUCAAAGUUUUGGCCAAGAACUAUCUUUGUAUUGAUGACAACCCAUUGUUCCCCACAAUUGAUAGAUUGUUGGGGGAAGCCAAAAUAACCCCUGCUGAGGUAGCAGAGCAUCUGAUGCCCAAGAAAAUUAUUUCUGGGCAAGCUGAAAUCUCUCUGCAGAGUCUAAUCCAAGGUCUAGAGAAGGCCAAGCAGGAAGAGAAGCUCAAAGCUGAGGAAGAAACCCAAAAGAAGGCAUUGGCUGACAAAAAAGAAGAUAAGGAUCAAGAAUCAAAAAAUGAGUUAAAGAAUAAUGGCUACUAGUGCAUCUAGCUAAGGUGGAGAAUCAUUGAUCAGGUGGUGGAGAAGUGCAGAGGACAAGGAGUGAGUAUCAAUUGGGAUUAUGUUUCUGUAGAUUUCACUAAUUUAGUGGCGGUUGGUAUUACCAACUAACAUGUUGUACAAUUAGAAGUAUUAAUAAAAAAUUCAUUUUCAGUUUU